AUGGGCUGGGAUGAUAUGAAAACUUUAAUGUUAGUAGAAUACUGUCCUCACGGCGAAAUUCAAAAGCUAGAGGAAGAAAUUUGGAGUCUGACGAUGAAAGACUCCGAUAUAGUUGCAUAUACUGCCAGGUUCAGCGAUCUGGUUAUUCUGUGUCCAGGAAUGGUUCCCACUAAGAGCAAGAAGGUGGAUCGGUAUAUUUGGGGACUCUCUCCUCAGAUACAAGGAAAUGUAAUAGCUACUAAACCUCUCACCUUUGAUAGUGCCAAGCAGUUGGCACAAACACUGGUAGACCAUGGCGUUCUUCAUGGUUCUAUGGUACCUAUUCCGGAGAAACCUAAGGAAGAGAGUGGUAAUAAUAAGAAAUUUUGGAAUAAACAAAAAGGAGAGUCGUCACAGAAACCAUUUAAGAAGAAACAAACUGUAGCAGUGCACACUACUAUUAUUCUAACUACCGUUCCUAUUCCUACAUCUACUACAACUUCUAAUACUCCAACCCCGAUUCGAUAUGCUGGAACUUUUCCAAAGUGCAAUAAAUGCAACUUUCAUCACACGGGAGUUUGCAAGGAAAUGCACUGUAAAAAUUGCAAUAAGAAGGGGCAUACUUUCCGCUUCUGUAGAGCUCCAGCACAGCCAAUAUCUCAAGUCCCUGCCACAGGAGUUAGUCAAGCUUGUUAUGAGUGUGGCGAAAUAGGGCAAUUCAAGAGAAACUGCCCAAAGGCAAAGAAUGCUGGAGGUACAGGAAGAGUUUUAGCAAUUGGUCACAAAGAAGCAAUCGUUGAUCCUACUGUGGUGACCGACACAUUCACUGUAGAGAUGGCUAAUGGCAAGAAUAAGAACACAAAUGAUAUAUACAUAGGGUGUACACUUACUUUAAACAACUACUCCUUCCAAAUAGACCUUAUGUCGGUCUCCAUAAAAAGCUUUGACAUCAUUAUCGUCAUGGACUGGCUAGUUCCUCAUCGUGCCGAUAUUCUUUGUUUCGAAAAAUCCAUCCGCCUCAACUUACCAAAUGAUGAAUCUCUUGUUAUCUAUGGUGACCAACCUAGUGCAAAUCUUCAACUCAUUUCUUGUAUGAAGGCUAGGAAGUAUCUUCGCAAAGAUUACUAUGCAUUCUUAGCUCACAUAGUCGAUAAAACACAAGAAGUGAAUAAAAUCAAGGAUAUUCCUGAAGUCUGCAAUUUCUCUGAUGUAUUUCCUGAAGACCUCUCAGGAGUCCCUCCUGAACACCAAGUCAAAUUCUGA